GAAGUCGCAACAAAACCAAACCCGGAAUCACGUCCAACUCACACUUCGCUCGGUACAACCUUGAAAUUACACACACACAUGUUCCUAUUCCUAAUCCCUGGACUUUGCCCUGUCUUCGUCAAUCUCAACGUUCCAUCCACGUUUCUCUUUCUCUCCCCCCGCAAUUAAGACAAAUCUAUGUUCAUUAGUUUGCACUUAAAUUCAAUACACUAUUAAUAGAAGCGUCAUUCGCUGCUUCAUCUCCAAAUACUCUGCUGCGGCUGCCAGAGAUUAGCAGAGCAAAUACUGGACCAUGGUGUUUUGCUAUGCGCUUCUGCUUCUCCUCACGGCUUCUCUCUCAUAUGGAGCAAUGCAACCGAAAGUCGGCGUCUGCUACGGCGACCUCGGCAACAAUCUCCCCAGCCGGCAAAAAUCCGUGGAGCUAAUCCAAAAGCUCAACGCCAAACGCAUCAAAAUCUACGGCGCCAAUGCCGCAACGCUCAAGGCGAUCCAGGGCACCGACCUCCAAAUCUCAAUCAUGCUCCCAAACGACCUCAUCCCCGCCGCCGCCGCCAACCAAACCUUCGCCGACGAGUGGGUCAAAUCAAACGUCUCGCCAUUCUACCCCAAAUCGAAGAUCCGCUACCUCCUCGUCGGCAACGAGAUCCUCAGCAACCAGCCCAAUUCCACCUGGUUCAAGCUCGUCCCCGCCAUGCGCAGAAUCCGUUACUCCGUCAAAAAAUUCGGCCUCAAAAAGAUCAAAGUCGGAACGCCGUUAGCCAUGGACUGUUUGGAAGCCUCCUACCCGCCGUCGGCCGGCGCGUUCCGGUCCGACGUUGCGGACCGGGUCAUUAAGCCGAUGCUCCGUUUCCUGGACCGGACCAAAUCCUUCUUCUUCGUUGACGUCUACACUUACUUCGCUUGGAUCUCCAAUCCUAUCGAUAUCAACUUGGAUUACGCCCUGCUCCAGCCCACGAAUAUAACGAUUUCGGAUCCGGUUUCGGGUCUCAAAUACACCAAUCUCCUCGACCAAAUGUUGGACGCUCUCUACUUCGCAAUGAAGCGGGCCGGGUACCCGAACAUCCGCCUGUUUUUAGCUGAAACGGGUUGGCCCAACGGCGGCGACCCGGACCAGCUCGGAGCCAAUAUCUACAACGCCGCCACUUACAAUCGCAAUGUGAUCAAGAAGUUCGCCGCGAAGCCGCCGGGCGGGACCCCGGCCCGGCCCGGCGUGGUCAUCCCGGCGAUGGUCUUCGCGCUGUACAACGAGAACAAUAAAACGGGUCCGGGCACGGAGCGGCACUUCGGGCAGCUGUACCCGAACGGGUCGUAUGUCUACCCGAUUGAUUUUUCGGGUAAGACCACGCACUACGCGCCUCUGCCGAAGCCGUCGAGCAAUGGGAAGCUGUGGUGCGUGGUGGGGAACGGCAAGAAUGCGACGGCGUUGGCGGAGGCGUUGUCGUAUGCUUGCAGUCAGGGUAAUCGGACCUGCGACCCGAUUCGACCCGGUGGGAAGUGCUUUAAACCGAACUCGUUGAUUAAGCAUGCGAGCUAUGCAUUUAGCUCGUAUUGGACCCAAUUUCGGGCAGCUGGGGCAACUUGUUCUUUCAAUGGGCUGGCCACUUUGACCUCCAAGGAUCCAAGUUAUGGAUCUUGCCAAUUGCCAAGUUUUAACCUUUGAGCAGACGAAAGGAACAAUAUUUUAUCAUUAUUUCUUGUUGGAGAAUUUAGUUUUAGGGUUAUAAUUUAAUGUAUUUGUUCAUCCUUCGUUAAUAAGCCCGUUUUGGGCUGCGUGAGAUUUAGCACGGCCCUUAAUUGGUCUACCAGUAGAUUAGGUAGCCCAUUUUGAAGCGUUUCUCAUACCUUUUAGGUUAUUUUUUGGUAUGUAAUGUACUAAUACAAUAUCUAUACAUUUUAAGUUGGACAUUA